ACAACAGGUCAUGUGACUCCAAGAUGGCUGCCAGGCGGCGGCUGUGAGGGGGAAGUGACGGUUCGUGCUGCAGGCGCGGGGCAAAGGGAGGGGGAGAGACGGGGCAGGGGGUGUGCGUGUGGAGGGUCGGGCUGGUCCUAGCGCCCACCUUUUUGGCAAGAGGGGAAAAGUGGGGAGGGGAGGAAGAUCCGGAGAAGGGCCCAUUUCCCAGGAGGGAAAGUCGAGGGGUUGGGGAGAAAGAAAGGGGUCCCCUUCCUUCCCUGGGGAAGGAGGCGUAUUAGAUCCUGGGAGGGGAGCCUGGAAUUCAGGCAGCUAAACCAAGGGAGAGGGGUUGGAGGGGUGGGGGAUCUGCCCCCCCAUGAAAGGGCAUGCCUCACCAGGCCCGCUGGGUGAACAGGAUUGGUGCCCUGUCCUUCAGCUGAGGGGCAGGUGACCCCUAGUCAGAAAGGGAAGUGCCACAGACUCCGGAAAGUGCCCACCUCCGGCAGGGAAGUAAAAGGGAGAGUGCAAUAGGUUUCCUUGGGUGUGCAGGAAGCGCCCCCACCCCCGACAGUCCGUCAGCGGAGAGGAGCCCUCAUUCUCCGCCAAUGGAUUCCGGUUGACAACUGGUGAGGGACCGGCCCUGCUUUCUUCAUGCCCCUUCACCGUCCCCACCUGGAAAUAUGAUCAGCGCCCCAGAUGUGGUGGCGUUUACCAAAGAGGACGAGUAUGAAGAAGAGGCCUACAGCGAGCCAGCCUUGCCUGAGGAAUACUCUGUUCCGCUCUUCCCUUUUGCCAGCCAAGGGGCCAACCCCUGGUCCAAGCUCUCAGGUGCCAAGUUCACCCGGGACUUCAUCCUUAUAUCCGAGUUCUCGGAGCAAGUGGGACCCCAGCCUUUGCUCACCAUUCCGGAUGAUGCCAAAGUUUCCGGCACCUUUGAUCUCAACUAUUUUUCCCUCCGCAUCAUGUCGGUGGACUACCAGGCUUCCUUUGUGGGGCACCCUCCUGGAUGCCCUUACCCAAAGCUGAACUUCGUGGAGGAUUCUAAAGUAGUGCUGGGCGAUUCCAAGGAAGGAGCUUUUGCUUACGUGCAUCACCUGACUCUCUAUGAUCUCGAAGCGAGAGGCUUUGUCCGGCCUUUCUGCAUGGCCUACAUUUCUGCCGAUGAGCACAAGAUUAUGCAGAUGUUUCAGGAACUCUCUGCGGAGUUCUCCAAAGCAUCAGAAUGCUUAAAGACUGGCAACCGAAAAGCUUUUGCGAAUGAACUGGAAAAGAAACUGAAAGACCUUGAUUACACUAGAACUGUUUUGCACAAUGAGACUGAAAUCCAGAAGAAAAACAAUGAGAAAGGAUACUAUACCACACAAGCCAUUGAGAAAGCCAAUGAACUGGCUAGUGUUGAAAAAUCAAUCAUUGAGCAUCAAGAUCUUUUAAAACAAAUCAGAUCAUAUCCUUACAGUAAGCUGAAAGAUUCUGAUUUUCACCCUUAUGAGCCAGAGUGUGUGACAGAGCAAGCUGAUGAUAGUUCCGAACAAGGAUUUACUACCUCGAAAUCUGACGAACCCAGUGAAACACACCUUUAUCCUCGCCUGUCCUCUUACACCCCAAAACUUAUCAAGGCAAAAUCUGCCAAGUGCUUUGACAAGAAACUCAAAACCCUUCAGGAACUGUGUGAUGUUUAUUUUUUCACCCAGACUCUAGAUCAGUUACAUCAAAUUGAGAAAACGUUCAGAGGUGACGUUUGCUACCUCUUGACCAAUCAGAUCAGCAGAGCACUUUUGCAGCAGCAAACUAUUACCAACUUCCUUUUUGAAGACAUGUUCCUUGUUGAUGAACGACCAUCUGAAAAGCAUUUAAAUGGCUACCAGGGACCUAACGUAGACAGCCCCAAUCCCAAAGGUUUGGAAGUCUGCCUUAUUCCUAAAACAUUAGUCAGCUUGGGAUCUUACAAAUCCAGUGUUGAGUCUGUGCCUAUAAAGAUGGAACAGGAGACUGAAGACGUUCAGGAAGCAGAAGUCACUGACCCUGUUACUUAUGACCAGCACGACAAUCUUGAGUACCUCGAUGCAGAUCUUAAAGGAAGUGUUAGUAGUGGUGAAAGCAUUGAGGUUUUGGGGACGGAAAAGUCUGCUACUGCCCUGAGUCAAUCUGAAACCCAGGCAAGCAUGCCACAAGCCCACCUGAGCCCACAAGUGGUGAGGAGCAAAGCUGUCAGCCGAAGGACCAUAAGUGAGGACAGCAUUGAGGUCCUCAGCACGUGUCCCUCAGAAGCUCUGAUUCCUGAUGACUUUAAAGCGAGCUACCCAAGUGCCAUUAAUGAAGAGCCUUAUGCAGACGAAGAAGAUGAAGGUUUUCGCUUUAGCCCUGUUUUAAAUCCAGACAACCCUGAAGGCAACCCUGAACCAGAAAACCUGCUCCCUGUGGACUCUGCCUGUUGCAUUGGAAAAGAGAGUCCAAAUUUUCUUGAGCCUCCGUCCAACAUGCUCCCCAAACAUUGCGAUGGUGACAGUGUGGUCAGUAUCCCGCCCCAGCCAUACCGGCAAGGGGAUCAGGGGUUUCACGUGAAUUUCACGGACUAUUCUUCCCACGAUGGCGUCUUGGGAGGCCUCCUCACCUACGAACUCGACCCACAUUAUCUCUCGAGCAGCAGAGAGACGAGUAAAAUGAGCCUGGAUAAAUGCUCAGACUCCACAAGCUACAUCAGCAGCACAGCCUCCACCAGCUCGGACAGGACUCCUUCCCCUGCCCUUCCUGUUGGUCAUUUUGGAGAAAGGCACAAGAAGAAGUCAGGGCAAAAUGCACUGAGGUUCAUCCGGCAGUAUCCCUUCGCUCACCCUGCAAUAUAUUCGCUGCUGAGCGGCAGGACUUUGAUAGUGCUGGGGGAAGACAAGACGAUUGUGGAGAAGCUCGUCACCGCACUCUCUAUUUUUGUUCCAAAUUGCGGUGCGUAUGCCAAGCCGGUGAAGCACUGGGCCACAUCUCCUUUGCACAUCACAGAUUUUCAGAAGUGGAAGCUGAUUGGAUUGCAGAGGUAAAAAAAACCACCACCACCAUAACCUACCCAGAUCUUUAAAAUGUCUGACCACAGGCCUAUCUAGUCCAGCAUUUUGGACUGUAUAUACAAUGGGUUGCAUCCAGCUGACUUUUGCUCUGAGUAGACCCAUUGAAUUUAAUAAGAUCUAAGCCUUCCCAUUAAUUUCAAUAGGUCUAGUGUGAGUGGGACUGACAUUGGAUGUAACCUGUUGUUAGUCCUACUCAGAGAAGGCUAACACAGUUCCAUUAAUUUCAAUGGGUCUAACUUUUGAGCAAAAGUUGUUUGAUACAGUCCUAAGUUUCCAUUGUGGCUAUCCAGAUGCCUCUGGAAAGCCCAUCUUCUCCAGCAGCCGGUACUCAUACUGUCUCUGAUAGUGGAAGUAAUAACAUCAUCAUCAUCAUCAUUAAUUUAUUCAUACCCCGCCCAUCUGGCUGGGUUUCCCCAGACACUCUGGGCGGCUCCCAACAGAAUAUUCAAAACACGAUAACAUCAAACAUUAAAAACUUCCCUAAACAAGGCUGCCUUCAGAUGUCUUCUAAGAGUCAGACAGUUGUUUAUUUCCUUGACAUCUGAUGGGAGGGCAUUCCACAGGGCAGGCGCCACUACCAAGAAGGCCCCCUGCCUGGUUCCUUGUAACCUCAAUUCUCGCAGGGAGGGAACUUCCAGAAGGCCCUCGGAGCUGGACCUCAGUGUCCAGGCUGUACAAUGGGGGUGGAGACGCUCCUUCAGGUAUACUGGGCUGAGGCCUUUUAGAGCUUUAAAGGUCAGCAACAACACUUUGAAUUGUGCUCGGAAACGUACCGGGAGCCAAUGUAGGUCUUUCAAGACCAGUGUCAUAUGGUCUCAGCGGCCACUCUCAGUCACCAGUCUAGCUGCCGCAUUCUGGAUUAGUUGUAGUUUCCGGCCAUUGUGGUCCUGCCAAAUACAGAACCCUCACAACUCUGGUCCCUGGCAGUACAGUUAAAUGACAAUUGAUUCCCAUUGACGAAAGAGGAGUUCACUGGUCAGAAAUGUGCCCCAUUCAGUCACCAUUUGUUCUGCCAUGGUGGGGUUUGGCGGUGAUCAUUUUCAUGUCAGAGGCUUCCAUACUUAAUCAGAAACUUCCCCCGCUCCUUCCAAAGGUUAGCUAUGAAAGCAGGAAACAUGACCUGCCCAUUGAUUUCCUUUGGUAGCGCAGCAGGGGUGUGCAAUUGCCGGGGGGGGGGGGGAACGCUGGUGCAGGAAUGAUAUUUCCUGCUCUGGGUCCCAGAGAGAGAUGUGGCUGAAUUGAGACCUCCUGGCUCCCAAUCUCUGCCACUUCACUUCAUGAUCUCUCACAGACAGAAUGCCUGCAUACUUGUAGUUAUUCUACCUUGGAGUUUCAAUGUCAGCAUAUUAUCUUCCCCCUUCCUUUCCAGAGCAUCUUCUCCAUCAGGUGUCAACAUGAUGCACUCCCUCUGCCGCUACAGCCGCUACAUCAGUAUCCUGGACGCCGACAGCAAGACUCUCCGCUGCCCGCAGUACAAAGGGACCCUGAUCCCCAGGCUCGCUGACCACCGCACGCAGAUCAAGCGGGGAAGCACGUACUUUAUGCACGUCCAGACCAUCCUGACCCAGCUGUGCUCCAAGGCCUUUCUGUACACCUUCUACCACGACCUGCACCUGCCCAUCAAAGAGGGGGAGACGGAGGAGUCCGUGGCAAACCGGCGGCUGAACUUCCUGAAAAUCCAGCUGGGGCUUGCAAACGAGGACAGCAAAGUGGUGCAGUACCUUGCCGAGCUCCUGAAACUGCAGUACGUUCAGGAUCCCGUCCGAGGGGUCAGCCCGGUCCUCAGGUUUGAUUACGUGCCCAGCUGCUUGUACAAAAUUUAAGUUGUGCCCAGCCUGCCCUGCUGCCUCCCCUCCUCGCCCGCCGGCUCACCUGUGGCCAUCUGCAGGCCUAGACGAUUCCGCGAUCGACACACUAGUCAUUGAGAACCCGUAGGACGAUAUGAAGGACCCCAGCGUGGCUAAGCCAACCUCAUUAAAAUGGGACUUCCUAAACCUCGGUCACACCUCUUCGGAAGAGGGGAAGUUCAUUAUCAUUUGCUGCUUAAAGUGGGGAGCGUGGGGUGUGUGUGUGUGUGUGUGUAGCAUCUUUAAGGAGCAGUGGGAUAUCUCGACUAUAGGGGAUUUGCAUGGCACGUGGUCGGUGCUGGGUACAUGUGAGUGGCACCAAAGACUUGUGCGCAUUUUUUAGAAACCACAGUGAGCCACAGAAACAUAUUUCAGAAGUGUAUGGGAGUGAAUUGUGAGGGGUUUUGUUUGUUUUUUAAGCUAAACAUAAGAAUUCAGCUGUUUCACAAUAGCCAGACGUUGACCCAUCUCUCGGGCCUUUUGCAGCAUUGGUGGUUGCAAUGACUCCUCGCAUUGUGCAUCCCUGGAGAGUAGAGGGAGGCCCUCCUUGGCUCUUGAGGUGAGAGGUCUGGUGAAGGCCUUCUGAAGCCUGGAAAAGCGCAAGGGGGCCUUGGCGGGGUGUUACACCGAGCACUGUGUCUCUGUAGUCCGCUGCACCUUGGCUUGCCUCUCCCAGAGGGGAAAGGGACACCCACAAAUCCUUAUAGCUGGCCCUGUUUCUGCAGUAUGGGGGAGAAUGUGAGGGAAGAUGGAGCUGGGGAGGGUGUGCUUCGGACCCUGCCACACAGGCCAGUGCCACUGCUCCCAAGAGCACACUGGGAGAGGUCUCUGGAAUCGCCCAGUGCCCUUAAACCUUAGCACUCAGGCGUCAUUGGGAUUGAAUGUACUGGAUUAGGCCUCCCCCACCCUCCCCAUGCUUUGUUUGGUACAACCAGCCCCUGGCGGGGAUGGGGGUCAGCGCUGGGAUGUGCAGCUUCCAAUUUGGCCUCACCCUUCCUGAACAUCCAGCCUUUGCAACCGUUUUACUACCUCUGCUGUCGCUGCGCAUUGGGGUGGUUGCCGGUCACGCAGCUUGGACUGGAUGUUGGGGCUCCUCCUGAGUCACAAACUCUACCGGGUGCGAUCAGUUUUGAGCCUUUUAAGAAUCUGUCAUUACUCUGGUUGAAUCCGGUAGAGGUGGUUCCGCUUUCUUUCUUUCGUCCUGUGAAAACUUGAGGUCUCCGAUGGGGCCACAUCUCAUCUGCGUCUUCUCCCUAGCUGCAGAUAAGUACAGCAGCGGGAAAACCCAAGCAGCCGGCUGGCUGGUAAUUUUAGAGGCGGAGGAACGCCUUACUAGUUUUAUUUCCUUUUCUUUCUUUCUUUUUGAAAGUUCUCUUUCCGUUCCCUGUGUGUCAGGAAGCUGGUGACAAGACACACGUUUUACAAGAGUAACUGGACUUGUGAUAUUUCAAAACCUCUGUUCAAUGCAAUUAUGUGUGACAGAGUUCUGGAACUGAAUGUACCACCGGAGGAAACUUCAAGGGCGAGUGUCAAGUUUGGUGUUUUAAGAGUACUGGAAAACUUGAUGCAAAGCUGCACUGUGUGUGUGUGUGUGUGUGUGUGUGUGUGUGUGUGUGUGUGUAAUGCUGCACUUUUUAGUUCCUCAAGUAAUGGGUUGGGUAGAGACCAUCUGUAUGACACUUUGCUGCUUUGUAUCAGAGAAAAAGGAUCUUGUGGGAACGGUACAAACCUUGCUUGAAUCUUGCCCUGACACGCCAUUGUUCUCAAAUAGGGCUGGGAAACCCAGCUAGGUUGUCAGCCACGAUGGAGUUGCGGGCAAAGCUUUUCUACGAGAGUUGUUGGGGGGGCGUCCCACCUUUUGAUGCAGACAACCCCAUGGUGGCUUCACAGCAGCCAGGCUUCCAAGGCCUGGCCCCACCUGUCCCUCAGCAAAGUAGGCAGAUAAGUUUCAAAGCUUUUUGGAGAGAAGAUAACACCCCUGUGCUGCUUUCUAACCCCCCUCCAAAAAAGUCUAUUGGGUGGCUGUUCGUUCAUGAAGAUGGUGGAGGGAAAUCUGUUGUGCUUUGCAGUGAAAUCAUAGCAGCGUUAUGCAAGGACUCCCAAUAUCCAAGAUUUGGAAAAGGCCUUCCUGAGCAGAGUUGCUUCACCGCAUCUGCAAGGCAAGGUAUCUCUUUAAAGGGUGGGACUCAAGAGUCAUGGGAACCAUGGGCCUAUCUCCCCGAAUGCUGUCAUUGAGUCUAGUUCUCCCCCUGUACAGUUUAGGAAUAUUUGCCCAUAUUGUGACAUCAUCACACUGGUUUCCCCCUUCCCCAUUGGUGGUUGGGAGCCACAGUAUAGUGAAUGUCUCUGGAUAUUUCAGGUAAUCAACCUAGCCAGUGGGAUGCCAUUGUUGGCACAUCUAGGUCAGUGUUCCCCAACCUCGUGCCCUCCAGAUGUUUUGGACUACGGCUGCUAUAGCAGCCAGGGGUUGGGGAAGGCUGGUCUAUCCCAGGAAGCCUCUCCAAUUUUAGAUACUUUGGGUCCUGGUUUGUCAACUCCAUUUGGCAGGCUUUUCUUCGACAUCUCCCUUAAUUUCAAGACCAAGCCUUCAUUUAUAGACUUUUCCUCCUUCAAUGGUGGGAGGCAACACUUUCCCGAAUUGCUGAAGGAAUGUGUGUGUCCCUCUGAAGAGUAGCUUUUUCUUGCCUUCCUAAAAAGCCUAGUUUGCACAUUAGCCUUGUAUUCAGAUAUUUCUCCCACCACCACUGCCAAUACAGAAAAGGACACCUGCAAUUUAUUUGGGAUUAUCCCUGUAAUGGAGACACAAAAUCUCACAAGGUCUUCUAGGUGCCCAGGCUUGGGCCCACCAGAGACUUUUGUUCCGAUUUAGCUGAGCAAUGCCUUUCCAUCUGAACAUCUUAAGAAUUUGCCUUUUCAAAGCUUGCACUAUAAGCAGAAAUACAUGAAGGAUCCCUGAGGAACUGAUCUAGCUUCACAGUGGUCCUAUCUACUCUGCCCUUCAGACAGUGUUCAGGGCUUCAGCAUUGCUUAUUAUUAUUUUUGCAGGUGCAAAAGGGACCUGUUACACUUGCAGGUGUGCCCGACAUCUUGCCUGAUGGAAGCAAGAUCUGUGAAUCACAAGGCUCUGGAAUCGGUUUUGGCGGUUCACGAGCAUGCCAUAGAUUCAGUAGUGUGGCACUGCUGACUUUUUUAAAAAAAGGGUUCCCAUAUAUGUAGAUACAAGGCCUGCUAGUGAGCACCUUCCUUUUCUCAAGAGCCAAGACUUAGCCCAAUCACCUGCAGAGCCUAGUAACGUGAACUAGCUUUCUGCUUUCGUGUCCUUAGCCAAUCCUUAACAGAUUGCCAACACCCCACAGGCUCAAACGUCCUCUUCCGCCCCUUGUCAGUUUUAACAGUGGUAUUACACCCUAGCAGCGCCAACCAGCUUCAAAUCCUGGUUACAAGCUAAUCCUAGUUGGCUAUAAGCUCCUGGCAGAUGUGGUAAAAAAAAACCCCAUGAUUAAUGCUGGCAGAGAGAAAGGGGAAAUCCAUACAGGACAGAGUGGGGAGACUGGAGGAGCUGGGGAGAAGCUCCCCCCUCUUUCAUCAGUGGUUCUAGCGUCAAGAGGAAGGCAGAUCCUACGCUUGCCCCAUUCCGCAUCCUCUCAGUAUGAGCUGCUUCCAUAACGGAGCUCAUCUAGCCAUUUGGCAAUUGAGGUGUUUGCAUAUCUCUGCUGCUUUAAUCUUGAAAAUAUAACCAUAGGCUGAUCCAUGGGAACAUCACACACAGAGGAUGUGAGUGGCCCACAAAUUCAGCAGCUUAGGUACAAUCGACCCCUUGAGACAUGUGAAUUGGCGCUGGCGCACUACAUGUGCGGAGCUGGCGCUGGCCUGCUUGUGGAUGCAAUAUGCAGGAUCGUGGUCCCUCUGGGUGCUGUGGAAAGCCCAGACGCUGGGCCCCAUAAUUCUGCGUUUUCUUCUUAUCAACCAACUACUUGACCUUUCUCCAUCUCGACUGGACUGGGCUAGCAGCUCCCUGGAAGUAACAACUCCCCAAAGUGAUCUUCCUAACUGCAUGUUCAGUUUCUUGUCCGCACUUGUAGGAACACAACACUUCGCUUAAGCAGUAGUUAGGGAGGGAAAUGGAGUGUCUUCACUGAAGAAAAUCUGAGCAGCAUGCCUUCCAUGUCUUAGUGCUGUUAAGGUGUGUACUGCACAAGCGCUUCACCAACAAUACUCAACACCCAGUGACUACAAUGAUAAAAUGUACAUUGGAGGCAGGGGGAAGAAGAAGAAGAAAUUAUUUAUUUGGGCUCAAGAUAUUUUUGAAAUACAAAAAAUAUAUAUAUACUGGUUGUAUUUUUUAAAGCUUAUAUAACCCUUGGCGUAUAUUGUGGUUCAAUUCUUGAUUUUAUUGUGCUUAGUAAAAAAUUGUCCUGACUCUAUUUCUGAGCUCCUGUGUCUGAUACUAAAGCGGCGGGGGGGGGGGGGGAGAGGACUGGAGAAUGGCAACCACAAAAUUUUGGGAGUUGAGCAAUGCAAGAGGCUAGCCAUGGGUGGAUCUAAACUGGAAAAAAUGCUGUAAGUCAGAAAUAAGAUCGCUUU